AUGGGGUGUAAUGCGAGUGAGGCCAGUGAAGAAAGUGGAGCGAGUAAAGGGAGUGAAGCGAGUGAGGAAAAUGAAGCGAGUGAAACAAAUCAGGAAAGUGAAGCCAGUGGAACGAGUGAAUCAAGUGAAGUAAAUGAAUCAAAUGCAACGAGUAAUAAGAGUGAAUCAAGUGAAGCGAAUGAAUCAAAUGAAGCGAGUGAAUCAAGUGAACCGAGUGAAUCAAGUGAACCGAGUGAAUCAAGUGAAGCGAGUGAAUCAAGUGAACCGAGUGAAUCAAGUGAACCGAGUGAAUCAAGUGAACCGAGUGAAUCAAGUGAAACGAGUGAAUCAAGUGAACCGAGUGAAUCAAGUGAAGCAAGUGCACGGGGACUUCUCGAUCACCUGGAGGAGGAGGAGGAGGAGGAGGAGGGGAGGAAGGAGGAGGAG